UGCAUUGUUCUUACUCAUAUGACUGUACAGCAUGACCAUCACGGAAGUAGAAUCAUUAUCACGUGAUUUCACACAAUAGACUUAUAAAGCACUUGUAUCACCACUGCGCGGCCACUGCUUACUGGAGACAUACUGCCCACAUUCAAGGCAUUUAAAGAUGCUUCGUGCUGUUAUACUCGGAUGCCUUCUGGCAAAAUCACUGGCCUUCAAUAUUUUUCUCGACAAAGAGUGGCAAUCAUACAAAUUAGCAUAUGGCAAACAAUAUGGGUCCAAUGAGGAGGAACGCAGGCGCCAGAUCUGGGAGAGUAAUAUCAAAUACAUCGAACUACACAACCUGGAGGCAGACAGAGGACUCCAUACAUACAGACUGGGCAUGAACAAAUAUGGAGACAUGACAAAUGAAGAAUUUGUUUCUGUAAUGAAUGGAUACAAACAGAACGUAACAAGAGGUGAAUGUGGUACAUUUAACCCACCAAUGAACGUAGAUUUAUCGUCCAUGCCGGACUCCGUUGACUGGAGAAAAGAAGGUUACGUCACUGAAGUGAAGGAUCAGGGACACUGUGGCUCCUGUUGGUCAUUCUCAUCGACUGGUUCCCUCGAGGGACAGCACUACAAGAAAACUCAUAAACUGGUUUCACUCUCCGAGAAAAAUCUGAUGGACUGUUCCAAAGCUGAAGGAAAUAAAGGUUGUAAUGGUGGACUGAUGGAUAACGCAUUUGCUUACGUCAUCAGAAAUAACGGAAUAGACACUGAGGAAUCCUACCCGUAUAAACCAAAGGACGGACCAUGCGAAUUCAAACGACAAACUGUUGGAGCAACAGAGAAAGGCUGUAUGGAUAUAAGAUCUGGAUCUGAAGACGAUUUAAAAGCAGCCGUAGCAACAGUUGGUCCUAUCUCGGUCGCCAUUGACGCUGGCCACCCUUCCUUCCAACAUUACAGAUCUGGUGUAUACAGCGAGGCAGCAUGUUCCACCAUGAAGCUUGACCAUGGUGUCCUUGCAGUCGGGUACGGUACGAAUAUGGGCAAGGAUUAUUGGCUAGUAAAGAACAGCUGGGGCAGAAGCUGGGGACAAGAAGGUUACAUUAUGAUGUCAAGAAACAAGAAAAACCAGUGUGGAAUUGCCUCAGAAGCAAGUUUCCCUACCAUGUGAUUCGAAUGGACAACAUAAAAAACAUUAAAAAAAACUACAUUUACAAUCUCACAUAAGAAUUAUUCUUGACUAUUCUAUAUCCGGACACUUCUAUAUUUUGUUGUUUUCUGCGAGUGUAGCUUGUCUGAAUAUGUUAGAAUUUGAUCGAUAGAGAGUCUAAACAUUCCUGGUAGUGUAGUACUUGCUAACGAAUAAUCAGGCCCAAGCCUGAAAUGUGUGAAAGCCAGCGUCUCUAACUGGUUUUGCAACUUGACCCUAAAAUUUCACAAAAAAUCUUUUUGUCAUUUAAUGUAUUUGUCCAGCUGGACUGGAACAUGAAUAGAAUGUCACAUUAGUCUGUUCCUUAGCUUAAUAUGAUACAAAUUGUUUGUUGUUUUGUCGUCUUCCAAUUUAGCACAUUUGUAGAUUUGUAUAUGUAAUAUACUGUAUCAAAUGUAUAUCUUUAAUCUUGUUAUGUUGUUCUGGGAGGAUAUGUAUUAUCUUUGAUUCGUUUUUUAAUUACUAAAUAGUAAUGAAAAAAUGAGCAGCGCCAUGAGAAGACCAACAUAGUGGCUUUGCGACCAGCCUGGAUCCAGACCAGCCUGCGCCUACGCGCACUCUGGUCGGGACCCAUGCUGUCUGCUUCCAGAGCUUAUUGCAAUUAGAGGAACCGUUAGCGAACAACAUGGAUCCUGACCAGACUGCGCGGAUGCGCAGGCUGGUCUGGAUCCAUGCUGAUCGCAAAGCAACUAUGUUGGUUUUCCCAUGGCACGACUCAUUGACAAAUAGAUUUGUAGAAACGUUUUUCAUUGUUAAAACUGUAAACAAUAUUUGGUGUAAACAUUAAUACAUUCCAUUAUUAAUACAUGUAUUGUUGAAUCUAGCAACAAAGCAGGAAUAAAUUGCUAUAAAGGCUUGAA